AAAUCCGUCAUUGUCUGACGGAGCAGGAGGUGCCCGACAGUGAGACACAGGGUUGCCGGGGGGUGGUUGUGGCCCGGCCGAGUUUGCGGGUCGGCCGUGCGCAGCGCCGCGAUCCGCGAUUGGAAAAUCAAUAAGACGUCGCUCGUCGAGCGAAACAAACCGCCGCACUUUGACAUUACUCUGGCCGGUCGCAAUGGUGGGCUCGGAGAUCGCGGGCGCCCAGGACACCAUUUACUUGUGUAACUUCCGCGUGUCCGUCGACGGCGAGUGGCUGUGUCUGAAGGAACUGCAGGACGUCGAGUUCUCGAGCAACCCCGGACACCUCUCCCCGACCAGUCCCACGAUCGACCACCCCGCACUCCUCGCUCGCGACCCAGCAGCUGUCGAGCGCAGCAAUCUGGUCAACAUCUCGAAACUCGUAGUCAAAGAGCUGAUCGAAACGUCGCUAAAACAUGGUCGAAUGCUGGAUUCGGACCACAUGCCACUGCAGCACUUUUUCAUUGUGCUUGAGCAUGUGAUGAGACACGGUCUCAAGCCAAAAAAGGGCCUGCUGGGACCGAAAAAAGAGUUGUGGGAUGUCUUGCAGAUGGUCGAGCGGUACAAUGCAGAGGCUGCUGACAUCACGGCCAGCGUCAGAGACCUGCCCGUCCGGACUCAUAUGGGCCGCGCGAGGGCCUGGCUGCGAUUGGCGCUGAUGCAGAAAAAGCUGGCCGACUAUGUGAAAGUGCUGAUUGACCAUCGGGACGGGAUGAUGCCCGACUUUUAUGAGCUGGAGGCUCUGAUGAUGAGCGAGGAGUCGGUCGUAAUCAUGGGUCUGCUCGUCGGUCUCAACGUGAUUGACUGCAAUUUGUGUCUCAAGGGUGAAGACCUCGACAGCCAACAGGGCGUGAUCGAUUUUUCACUCUAUUUGAGAAGUCCGGGCCAAAGUGGCGAGGCGCCAAAUGAGGAGGGAGAUCUAGACAACAUGAGCACGGUCCUAGACCAGAAAAAUUACAUUGAGGAACUCAACAGGCAUCUAAACGCAACAGUGACAAACCUGCAAGCCAAAGUUGAAGCGCUGACCACGACAAACGCACUGAUGAAAGAGGAUCUCAUGAUCGCGCGGAACAGUCUGAAAAGUAUGCAAGAGGAGAAUGAGGCGUUGCGUCGGGAAAUAAACACGGAAAAUCCACACGGACACAAAUCAAAAGACGAGGUUUGCAGUGCAGCUGAAAGAUCUGUCAAAAGAAUAACCCUCCAGGAAAUGGAAGAUAUAAAGAAACAGUUGGAACAGGAACGAAACAGAAGAAUCGAGGUCGAGAAGGAAUUUGAAAUCCAGACAAGCAUCAAGGCAGAAAUGGAAGUGGCUAUGAAACUGUUGGAAAAAGACAUUCACGAAAAGCAGGAUACGGUUAUCUCAUUGCGGCGACAAUUGGAUGAUAUCAAAUUUAUCAAUCUGGAAAUGUACAAGAAACUUGAGGAAUGCGAGCAGGAACUGAAACAAAAGGGGGAGAUGGCAUGUGAUAACUCAAUUAAACAUAAAACUGAACUAAUUAGCAAGUUGGAAAGCAAGACCGAAGCCAUGGCGGAAACUAUUCAAAAGUUAGAAGAAAAAAGUGCCAUGGAAGUGGUGCAGAGGAGAUUGGCCGAAGAAGAGAAUAAACGCAAGGGCCAAAUGGAGGAGGCUAAACGCGUUGCAGCUAGUAGUAAUCUAGAGGAUGAGCUGAGAAUAGAAAGAGAAUGGAGAUUGAGUUUGGAAAGGGCCGUCGAAAAGGAAAAAGAUAAAUUCGCCGACUUGGAUUCAGAAAUGGAACAGCUCAGAAAGGAGCUCCAAGAGGCCAACUCUGAGAUUAUUAAACUCGGUCAGGAAAAGAGAGAACAAGACCUGACCCUGGAAGAAAUGGGAUCGCAGCUCAGCCAGUCCAAACUGCAAAUCAUCGAAAUGCGAGAGGAUCGGGAGAAGAGUCUCAAGUUGAACGCAAAAUGGGCCAAAGACAGUGAAGCCGUUGAGUGUUUUGCCUGUCACACAGCUUUCAACCUAACCAAGAGAAAGCACCAUUGUCGCAGCUGCGGAGAAAUAUUCUGCAAUGACUGUUCUGACAAUCAGAUGCCUCUGCCGAGUUCUGCAAAGCCAGUGCGCGUCUGUGAUGAGUGCAACCUCAAGAUCCUGUCAAAGCAGUCGGUCGUCCGAUAGCGUCAUCAUUUAUUUGUAGAAGAGGUGUGAAAUUAUCAUGAAAAAGACUGCUCUUGUAUAAAUAUGAUGUUAUCAAACGGAAGCUCACAAUAACCAUGUGUUCAUCGUUUAGAAGCACUUUUAUCCAGUGAUCGUGACUAACUUUUUAACCUGUAUUAACAAAAUAUAUCUUCCGUUCUUACCUGAAGAAUUAUUACCAAGAGAAAUUUAAUGUGGUUGUUGUCUACCAAAGCAUAUUAUGAGAGAUAAGGACCACUGCUGGCUAAUGGUCUAAAACAUUACCGUAACUUUUUAAUGUAGCACACUGGAUUCUAUCAUUGCGGUAUAAGUGUUUAAAUGUAAAGCUGAAUACUUUGAAAACAAAUUGGGCUGCUGAAAAUGCAUUUACAUUCAAGACGAAAUUGUUUUUGGUUUUGGACAUUCCUUUCU